AUGUCGAGCGAACCAAAGACAAUUAUCGUAAUAGGUGCCGGUGUGCUCGGCCUAACAGCCGCUCUAGGACUUCAACAUGAAUACGCGGAAACCAGAACGAUCUUGCUGGUAGCAAGAGACUGGCCAUCCGACGAGUCGGUUCAAUACACUUCCCCCUGGGCAGGGGCUCACGGGCGGCCAAUGCCAGCGACGACACCAGUGGAAAUGCAACACCAGGAAUUCGCAAAGAUAACCUACGCCGUAAUGAAGGCCCAGGCGCAAGAAGAGCCAGCUUGCGGCGUCGAACUUAUGGACGGCUACGACUUCAUCGCGUCCCCAUCCGACGACCAUGUCAACCUCAGAGGCGGCUAUGGAGAUGCAGAAGGCAUGACCGUGCUCGCGAGGCAUGAAUUCCCAAGGGAUAUGGGCAUCAACUUUGGCUCGAAGUAUCGCACUUGGUCACUGAAUUCGCCGGUGUACUGCGCGUUCCUGCUGCGAAAGUUCCUGCUGAGAGGAGGGAAGACACGCAAGACCACCCUGAUGACCGCAGAAGAGGCGUUCUCUCUGGUACCCAAUGUCAACACUGUUGUCAACUGUUCGGGGUUCGGCUUUGGCGAUCCAGAUGUCUUCCCCAUCAGAGGCCAAACAGUCCUCGUCUCAAACCCAUGCGACCGCAACAUAACUCAGCAAAACCCGGACGGGACAUGGACAUUCAUCAUCCCACGCCCACUGGAGGGCGGCACCGUCAUCGGUGGCACGAAGGAACCCCAUGACUGGACAGCGACAGCCCGCCCAGAGACACGCACCAAGCUCCUUAACAUGGCCGCGAAGAUGUACCCUCCAAUCCUUGGCCCCGACGGCAUCGGCGAGUUCAAAGUCAUCCGGGACAUCGUCGGCAGACGCCCCGCGCGGCGAGGCGGAUUGAGGCUCGAGAUUGAGCAGCUACAAUCGAAAGGGCCCUCCUUCCGGGGCAAGACAAUCAUUCAUGCCUACGGCGCGGAGGGCCACGGGUAUGGACUCUCGUGGGGGAUUGCGCGCGAGGUUGUGAGGAUGGCUGGGGAAGCUGAUCGGCACAGUACUGCGAGGCCUUCCUUGUAG